ACGAAAACAAACUUUCAAUUCAGUACACAAGUACACAAAUCGGAGUUAACAUCUCUACGAGACGAAAAUCUAGACGAGAUCCUGGAGUUAGUGCUGUGGUCUUAAAUAACGAACUUUAUCGAAUAUAUGCACAUACAUACAUAAGUGAUCGAGUUUGUGUUUAAAAAUUGAUUUUAAAUAGAAGUGAUUAGAUUCAGUGCGUUUGGAAGUGUCUAUUUAAACUUCUGGUCUCGUGCAACUCGUACAAAGUCCAAAAUCUGAGUUAAAAUUAGGCUAAUCUAGUGAAGGACCUAAUUUGAUAAUCACUACUACCACUAAAACAAGGUUCGCUCCGAAACAGAUAUGUCUAGCAUCAACACGGAUGUCGUAGUAGCCCACAAUGAAGCUGAUAACGAACUCAAAGAACAGGAGAAAUAUCUGCACAAGCUAACAUGCUGUUUUCGCGGCAUUGAGAAACCAUUGGAAAUCCUGCCCAAAGUAGACUCCUUAGAGGACCUCAUCGCCAAGCUGCAUGAUGCAUUCAGCACAGUCAGCGUGAAUAUGUAUCUCGUGAAUCAUCUGAUGCUUUCGUACAAGUCGAAACCCAGUGAAUGGAAGAAAUUCGCAAAGUGGAAUCGUAGUCGAUACACCAGGAAUCUAGUAGAUAUUGGCAAUGGAAAGUUCAACCUAUUGAUCCUUUGUUGGCCAGCAGAUCAUGGAUCAGCAAUUCAUGACCACGCCGACUCCCAUUGUUUCAUGAAGUUGCUACAAGGUGAACUGGCCGAAGUGAAAUUCGAAAUGCCUAAGACACAAGGAAUCGAGGAUGGUCCUACAGAAGCUACUCAAACAGAAAAUUUCGAAGAAGAAAAACUUAAGGAGACAGCAACUACUAUUCUCAAGGAGGGCGAUGUAGCCUACAUCAAUGACAAUAUCGGACUUCAUCGUGUUGAAAAUCGUAACCACACAGAUGGUGCGGUUUCCCUUCAUCUUUACUGUCCACCAUUCCAAAUGUGCUCAGUAUUUCCCAGUGGAUCUGCGAAGAAAGUAAAAUGCCCAGUAACAUUCUACAGCAAAUAUGGCGUUCGACAGGAGCAGGAAUAAAGUGAGAGCCUAAGGAACCUAGUUGGAGAAAAAUUUUAAUUGGAGAUGCUAAAACUGUAGAAUAAGUUUGAAAGUUAACUUCCUUGAAUAAUCAUAAUGAUUUGAAGUGUAUGCACAAAUUUUUUUUUAAAGAUUAUUCCCAAAUUGGUUGCUCCAACAAAAGAAUAAAUGUCUUAAUGUUUAUUAUU